AUGGCCAACAUCAACUGGCGGACCAUCAACAUCGACGCCUUGGACCCCGACAGCCCCGCCAACUUCGACCUAAGCUCCCUCGCUCCCGCCGUUGCGCCUGUCUCGACAGCCGAUGUCCAGACCAACGCCCAGUCAAUACGGCAACUACUACGGGGUGGUGACAAUGAGGGCGCCCUCCAGAGUGCCUUAGAGAACCCCCCAUAUGGCGCGGACGACAAGGGAAAGGAAGUCCACCUUUCGGUCGUCAUCGAGAUCCUACAGUCCAUACGCCAGUCAGACAUGUCACCAAUGCUCAGCCGAAUAUAUGGUGCGCCGGGUGGAACCGAAGCAUUGGACGUCCUGAUGAAGUACAUUUACAAAGGCAUGGCACAGGGUGCACCAUCAGGCACCAAGCGCGACAUCACCCCCCAACCGACCGGCUUCUCGCAGAUUCACACUCGUGGCGGCGGUGAGGGUGGCGGCCAAGCCAUGAGCGUACUGCUCAGCUGGCAUGAGAAGCUUGUGGAGAUAGCAGGCCCAGGUUCCAUUUCUAGGGUUAUGAGCGAUCGCCGGACAGUUUGA